UUAGAAAGAUCAUUGAAAGUGUAAAGCUUUUUAUUGCAUUCUAAUAAUCUUAGUCUAAAAUGGAGCGUUGGGCAGGCAAAGUAGCGGUUGUAACCGGGGCAAGUUCGGGCAUUGGUUUAGAGAUAGCGAAGGACCUUGUCAAGGCUGGUCUUAUAGUUAUUGGUUUAGCAAGGCGUGUGAACAAAAUGAAGGCAUUAGAAGAUGAAUUACAAUUUAGAAGAGGGUCGUUUCAUUCGUGUGAGUGUGACAUUUCGAAAUUAGAAUCAAUCAAAUCGGCAUUUAAAUGGAUAAGUGAUAAGUUUUCCAAAGUCAACAUCCUCAUUAAUAACGCAGGAAUAUUAAAAUUUUCCGGAAUACUUACCGAAGGCAAUGAAGAAGGAUUAAAAGAGUUGAUCCAAGUGAAUUUGUUGGGAAAUGUGUAUUGCACUAAAGAAGCUCAUCGUCUAAUGAAGGCCAGUUUCGGUGAAGAGUGUCAUAUUAUUAAUGUCAAUAGUAUACUUGGCCAUACUAUUCCAGCAAGCCUGGCAUCGUUGACCUAUAAUUUAUACCCGACUUCCAAACAUGCUUUAAAAGCUACAACAGAAGUCUUGAAGCAGGAACUUAUAAAUGAAAAAAAUAUAAGAAUUUCCAGUAUCAGCCCUGGACUGGUGAAAACGGAAUUGGCACACUCAGCGAAGCAUCCGUGUGCAGAUAGAAUCAUGGCAUCCGAGACCAUACUUCGAGUGGAGGAUAUUUCGAGGGCAAUUUUGUUUAUACUUGCAUCUCCAAAACAUGUGACAAUCAGUGAACUGAUAAUAACGCCAACUGGACAGAGAUAUUGAAAGUAAUUGUUAACGUCCGCGUAGAGAUGGAGAUGGUAACGUUAAUUGAAUUUAUAAUGAACUAUUGAGGUACAAAAUACUAUCUAACAAAUUGAAGGAGAAAAAUAAAGCCUUUAAUGAAUGUAAU